AUGGAUGGGGGCAGCGGCCUCAACCUCCUCUACGCCGAGACUCUCGACGCUAUGGGGAUCGACCGCUCCCGCCUCCGUCCCAGCAAGGCACCUUUCCAUGGCGUCGUGCCAGGGAAGCAGGCGACGCCUCUCGGGCAAAUCGACCUGCCCGUUACGUUCGGGACCCCUUCCAACUACAGGAAGGAGGUCCUCACCUUCGAGGUGGUGGGGUUUCGCGGAACCUACCAUGCCAUCUUAGGACGGCCGUGCUACGCGAAGUUCAUGGCAAUCCCCAACUACACCUACCUCAAGCUCAAGCUGCCGGGGCCCAACAGGGUCAUCACCGUUGGCACGACUUUUCAGAAGGCAUACGAGUGUGACGUCGAGUGUUGCGAGUACGCCGCGGUGAAGUAA